AGGUCGGAGGAGGUUGAGAACAGCGAGGCCGGCGCUUGCACAUCCUUGCCUGAAGAUGGGCGCUUGAAGCGUUACUACACCCUUCUCUUCCUCCGCUUUCCGAGUCGCGAUGUCGGUUCUCUUGGAGACAUCUCUAGGAGACAUAGUCAUCGAUCUUGAAGUCGAAUCAUGUCCUAAUACAUGUCAGAACUUCCUUAAACUCUGCAAGGUCUAUUAUUACAAUUUACACGCGUUCUUCAAUGUUUCGAAGGAUUUUCUUGCACAAACUGGUGAUCCAUCAGCUACAGGGACAGGAGGCGAGUCUAUAUGGUCUUUCAUAGGCUCACAACAAGGCAAACAGGUCCCACGCUACUUCAGCCCCGAGUUUGUUCCUCGCUUAAAGCACAAGCACAAAGGAACGGUCUCCAUGGCCGUCGCGCCAGCACUAGAAGGCGAGAAAGGAGGCUGUGGAAGUCAGUUCUUCAUCACUCUAGCCGACAAUAUUGAUUAUCUGGAUGGGAAGCAUGCGGUGUUUGGCCAUGUCGUGGAAGGCCUCGAAACCCUGGACAAACUCAAUGAGGUAUUUGUCGAUCAAGACGGGCGGCCUCUGAAGGAUGUGCGUAUUCGUCACGUUGAGAUACUUGACGAUCCAUUCCCUGAUCCUGAAGGCCUCACUGUUCCGGACACUAUCCCUACGAAGCCACCAGAUAACUCUACUCGGAUUGCUGAGGAUGAAGAUCCGCUGGCUACGCUCCCAGAGGAGGAAGCCGAAGCUGAACGCCGAAAGCAAGCUGCAAGGGCGUCUGCGUUAACAUUGGAAAUGGUUGGCGAUCUUCCAUUUGCCAAUGUACGACCCCCCGAAAACGUGUUAUUCGUGUGCAAGCUCAAUCCAGUGACUCGGGACGAAGAUCUGGAGCUGAUAUUCUCGCGCUUUGGCCCAAUUAUGAGCUGCCAGGUUAUUAGGGACAAAAGAACGGGCGAUUCGCUCCAAUAUGCAUUCAUUGAAUUUGAUAAAAGAGAAGAUGCUGAGCAGGCCUACUUCAAAAUGCAAAAUGUUCUAGUUGAUGAUCGCCGGAUAUGGGUAGACUUCUCGCAAUCGGUCGCGAGGCUGAACAAUACAUGGUCGAACGAACCCAAGAUGGGACCGAGAAUGACGCGUGGAGGGAAGGGCAAAAGCGGCGGCUUUGGCGGUCGAGAGGACCUUGAGCCCACGCGGAGAUACCGAGAAGGGUCAGAGGAACAGCGGCACUCCUAUGGUUUGGUAUUCGAUGUUCCAUCUGACGAGCGUUCUCGGCAUCGACACAGCAGGAGUCCGAGGAGGGCCAAAUCAAGAGAGAGAAGGCGCUCCCGGUCUCCUCGACACCGAGAUGGGAAACCAUAUGAGCGCGAAAGACGAAGGAGCCGCGACAGAGAUCGACCGUCUAGGGAUCGGUAUGACAGACGAUAGUAUUGUGUAUGCGGUAUCGUGCCUUCCAUUUAUUCACGCCCGUUUCGCAAUUUCUUGUCGGUUUCAACUUGGAUUCAGGCUCAGAGUCGACAAGACUACCAAUGUGCCAGCCUUCUUCGUACCGGUUGUCAGCUCCUAUCAUU